UUUUGACUGUUUUCUUCAUUGUUUUCAUUGUUUUUUGUUAAGAUGAAGAAAGCGGGGGCGGGCCCGUGAGCUCAGGCCGACUAAUGACCUCUUACAGUCGUUCGCCCGUGCCCCUGCCGUGCUCCCCCUUCCGGCGAUUUGCACUGUUUCCCGGAGACCGGCGGGCUGUCUUCCACAAGCGGCGGCAGUCUUCAAGCCUUUUCUGGCGACGAGAGGCGUUGGGUCUUUGUCAGUAACCACCAUCCAACGACGAGAGGCAGUACUGGCUUGCUGCGCUGAGACUCUAGUCCACCAUCGCUAUCUUUUAGAGUGACAAGAGGCGCUGUAUUUUGCACCCAAACCCAUUCCAGCUAUGCAAUAUCCCAAGUUGAAACCACAGCUAUUGCGGUCAUUAAUUGCUGACCAUCUCCCUGAAGCAAAUACAUCGUCCUUUGACCCUUUGAAGCUACCAUUGCUCAUAACUACAAUUAAAUCACAUCGCCUGCUUUCUGAACAUUAUGCUGGUUCACUGGAUGAGAAGCUUCAGAAUGAUUGGCGAGCUGCUGUCAGUUUAUGGAUCGAGCGCUUACUCUUGCUCUCUUCAAGCGAACUGCCAGAUAAGUGUUGGGUUAGUGUUAGCUUGCUGGGAGUAACUUGCCAAGAAUGUAGCAGGGCGCUGUUUUUGAUGUCUUAUUCUUCUUGGUUUGACAAGCUUCUGGAACUACUCAAGAUGCCUUCAGAUUCUCAUUUUAUUAAAAUAUCCUGUUGUGCAGCGUUAUCUGAUCUCUUUAUGAGGCUAUACUGCUUUCCAACCUAUAGAAAAGAGGGAGUUUCUCUUUCAAACAAACUUAUUCCUUCUGCUCUGGAACUGUUAACAGAAGAUGCUGCAGAUGACAUGUUGGAAUCAGCUGUUGGUCUUCUUUGUAACCUGAUGAAUUUGUUCCCGUCAUCCUUCCAUCGUCAUUAUGAUAAUGCUGAGACUGUUCUUGCAACUAUGCUGUCUAGAAGUUCAGCUGUAUCUAAGAUGUUUGCCCAGUUACUGGCUUUCCUUCCAAGGGCUAAAGGUGAUGCAGUUAGCUGGUCCCAGAUGAUAACAAAAGCUUUGAUAUCAAUCAAUAUACACCUGAACUAUGUUUUUGAAGGCUUUGAAGAUGAAAAUAAAGGCAUGAAUAUUAUCAAUCUAUUGGUUGAACGAGGAAAGGAACCCCCACCUCCAUUGGGUGGUUCUUUGGAAGAUGGUGGUCGACAAGCAAAACAGAAGUUUGAGAAAUUGCAUAUUCCUUGUGCUUGCAGAUUGAUACAAUGUUGCAUCACAAUGCUUACCAGCCCUUACCAUGUCCAGGUUUCUGUCCCUGUGCAAUCUCUACUAGCACUUGUGGAAAGAAUGCUCUCACUGGAUGGUAAUGAUUGUUAUGCUUCAACACCUGUUAUGGCCAUUACUCAACUAGAGUUUCUUUUCUCUGAUCUUCCUAUGCUACACCUAAGUGGCUUGGAUUUGUUGGAUGCCAUCAUCACGGGUGUUCGCAGUCAGUUGCUACCUGCUACUGGGAAGAUUGUGCGACUUCUGCAGAGCUAUUUCCAAAGAUUUUCAUUACCUUCCAUCAGAGCAAAGCUUUAUAAAAUUUCAAAAGCUUUACUUAUGUCCAUGAAUGCGGGAAUGGCUCUAUAUUUUGCCAGUGAUAUAAUUGAUAACGCAUCUAGGGAUCUAAAUCAUGGCAUUCAAGGGCGUGGGUUUAUCUCUUUCCCAAUGCUUUCUUCAAAACAUGUAACUGAAGCUUCAAAUGUGACUAAGAAACGAAAGAGGAAGCUUGCUUCUGGAGGCCCAGAGGAUAACUCCAAUCCACUGCAAGCUGAAGUUUUCAGUGACCAGCCAAAUGUUCCUUUCUCAGUGCUGAUAUCUGCUCUUCAGGCAAUAGAAGCUCUUCUUAUGGUGGGUGGCUCUUUACGUUCCCAGAGCUGGAGGCCAGAUGUUGAUCUUCUCUUGAUGCGUGUGGCUUCCAGAGCUUGUGAGGAAGGCUGGUCAUAUGUGGAUUCUGACAUUAUUAUGGAAGAUAGAAGUUUUAGCUGGGCAGAUUUUCAGCUUGCUGCACUUAAAGCACUGUUGGCAUCUUUGCUUUCUCCAUGCACUCAUAGGCCACCAUAUUUGUCAUACGGCCUUGCACUUUUCCGUAAAGGUAAGCAGGAAGCAGGGACCCAGAUUGCAGAUUUCUGUGCACACGCUCUUCUGGCUUUGGACUCUCUUAUUCAUCCACGUUCUCUUCAGUUAAUUUCACCUCCUCUUGGUGGCAAUGGUGACUUUAGUCAGAGGUUUGAUUUGCUAGUUAAUGAAAAUAGGAAAUCUCAUGUUCCCUUUUCCCAAGAACAAAAAUCAAAAUUUCCCGGAAUGAACUGUCCAAGCAUGCAAAAACCUGAUAAGCGGAAUCUCCCAAUUGACGCGGCUGAUAUUUAUCCAGAUGACAAGUUAUGUAUGGGUUGGUUGGCAGAUAUGGAAGAAAAUGACACUGACACCCUUUAUAACAGCGAAGAAGUCCAAGUUGAUUGUCAGACUGAAUCUACAACGUUUAAACUCAACACAGUAGAAAAAACACAAUGCUGUUUGGUUGUGGAUGCAGAGGGCAUUUUGAAGGAAAACACCAGAAACACUAGCUUAAUUGUAGUGCCACAAACACAAGUGGCUAUAAAUGCCACAGCUGCGGAUAAGAGUGCAGUUGAGGAGCUAGAGGGCCAUGGUCUGCAACCACCAGUUCAUAUGAAAGAAGGCAAUUCAGGUGAAACUGAAGGUGCUGAGUCGAAGGGCAUGGAGCCGCUAAAGCCAGUAUCUUCACCAUCAAAAGAAGCUGUGGUGUCAGCUGGAGUUUCGGAUAUUGUUUCUGAAGACCUAUUUUUUAACAGAUUUUCUUCAUAUAACAGCGAAGAAUUUGCGAAGCAGUCAUCAGACUCAGAGAGCCUUCCGGAUAUUGUAGAUGGUGAUCCGGAUUCAGACUAAAAGCACAUGUGCAGUUAUGCAGUUCAGCCGUCUGUAUCAUGUGUAUGUUUUCAGUUUUGAAUUCUUUCAGGUAGGGGUACGUUCACUUGAGAAAAGCAAAAGAGAGCCGAGGAAGACACAACUACUUGUAGUCAAUCGAAAUAUAAAAUAUUCAUUUUAUGAAUAGAAGUCUUAAUUCUUAAUUUUUAUUGUAUAUGAAAGUUAUUGACUCUUUUCGUAGAUGUUAGCAUACCUUUUAUACAGUUAAUUUGGGAGCUA